AUGCUCGUUGGAAUGAUUGGCUGGACCGUCAGUGGUAGCGCGUUCGACAGGAUCCGGUCAGCGGCUGCAGGCGCGGGUAUUAUCUCGUGCAUCACUUUCUUCACCACGGCGUAUAACAUCUGCCGGGGUCCGCUGGUCGUCGCCUACCCUAUCGAGAUCCUGCUCUUUCCGAUCCGAGCCAAGGGCGUGGCGUUGCUGAUGGGCUCAAUCAAGGACUCCAGCUUCUUUAGCCAGUCCGUCAACUCCAUCGACUUGUCAACCCUUUCAUGGAAGUACUAA